GAAACUAGGUAAAUCCACAAUUUCGAUGGGUAAACGAAAAAAAAACAGCCGUAGACUGAUAAAAAUGUAAAUGCAUGAAAAAUCUUCGCAUACAGAAUUGAGGGAAGAUGAUGAAAUUAUAAAAAAAACUAUUAUUUGUUUCAAGUUGAUUGUUAACUUUUGUAUUAAUAUAAUCAAUGUGGGUCUGUAUGUAAUAUUUAUUAACAUCAUUACGGCCUUGCUUGUUUAUGUCAAUAUCAAUUAAAAAUCAAUCUUAGAUAUGAUAUACUGAGAAUUUUUCAAAAUGAGAAUAUUUCCGGACCAGAAUAUCGCCAGAGAGCAUUGUUUAACCUAUCAAGAAGUUGUGACAAGCAGAACUAAUGAAAAGGAAAUAGUACAAUAUAUAUUCAACUCCGGAGCGUUCAUUCAAAUUAAGAGAUGGUUUUUUUAUAGGAUGACUAUAAAUUCUAAACACCCAACGACUUUGAUUUAUUUCAAAUCAUCGAGCUCAAGAAAAAAUGAACAGACAAGACAUUUGAUGCACUACAAAAACACGAUCCAUCCUUUCAGCAUGAUGAACCUAUUUUGGGAAUAUGUCAUGGCUUGGGUUUAUUUAUACAUGUUAAUUACAUAUUUCUUGAGUAGUCUCUACAUAUUCGACGAGUACCUUAAGCUCGGCCACAUUAGGAGAACUAUUGGAGAUUUUAUCUAUUUAUUAGAUAUGAUCCAUUUUUUCUUCGAGGGAUAUUACAAUGCUUUGGAUCAUAGGACAGUUCUCAGUCACCGUUACAUAGCACGCCGAUAUUUAAAGUCUUAUUUUAUAAUUGACGUCAUAGCUUUGUUGCCAAAUAUUUCUUUAAUUGCUUAUCUGAUCACAUGGAGUCCUAAAGUCAUUUAUAUGAGAUAUUUCGGUUUGAUAAGGAUUUUUAGGUUGAAGAGACUCCUCAAUGCUUUUGACCUAAUUAAAAAUUAUAAAGAUUACACGAGCUAUCAUUUGAAAGCAAUCAAAUGUGUUCUCAUAUAUUUUGCAAUCGUUACCUUUUUAUACUCAAUGAUAUUUAUUCUUAGUUAUCAUAUAGACAGAUUUUCAGAAAUUUAUGUAGUCCAUGAUAGUAAUCUCGAUUUUCUUUCUACAACUUUGAUUUUGUUUAUGGUCAGUCAAGGUCUCGAACCCCUUUAUACCCAAUGGACUAUUUUACUUAUCACCAUAUGUUAUUUCUGCGCUUUAUUCAUACAUCUUUUUCUACACGCCCAAGUUUAUCAAGUUUGGAACACGUUUUUUAGUGUAAAAAGCAAGAACGAAGAUUUACUUAAUCAGUUUAAAGAGUAUGUUAGAUACAGAGGUUUGCCUGAAGACCUGAAAAAAAGAAUAUUGUUGUAUUUCAAAUUCAAAUUCCAAAACAAUUUCUACAACGAAAGACAUAUCAAUUACAUUGUUUCGAAUUCUAUUAAAGAAGAAAUUAUGUGUAAUAUAGUCCAUAAAUAUUUGGUAAAAGCAUAUAUUUUGAAGACUUUGCCAAGAAAUAUUCUGCUGAAAGUGGUGACGAAACUGAAAUCGGAGAUAUUCCUACCGGAUGAUAUUGUAGUUAUAGCCGGUAAACCUGCUCAAAAUAUAUAUUUUAUUUACUAUGGACAACUAGCCGUUUACAACAGGCAUGGAAUCGAAAUAGCGCAUAUCGAAGAUGGAGACUGUUUUGGAGAAAUGGAUACUCUUUUUUACGAGGUACAGAGUUACACCGUUGUAGCAAUAACACCAUGCGAGUUGUUCAGUCUUAGCAGAGAGGCUUUUAUGGAAAUUAUAGACAAAAAUAUCGAAUUGAAAAAAAGAGUGAUGGCUGAGGCGAAAGUUCGAUUACUUGCUGCCUCGAACUACCAUUUCAAUUAACUUUUAAAAGAUGAAAUUUCCAACAAUUCAUUCGGCACUAAUGAAUAUUGAUGAAGAUCAUUCAAAAAAUAACAUGCUAUAUUAGCCAGCUCCAACACUUCGCUUUUUUUCAUCAUGGCAGUUUCUUUUAUUGUAUUUACAUAUUUAUGAGUUUCUUCCCAUUCUUGUUUUCCAAUUUUCUGCAUACUACAAAUUAUUUUAUUUCAUUUUCCGCAUUUUAGACAUACGAUUUUGUAAAUUUUCCCAAUAUUCAUACCACUAUUUACCCACUUUUCCUAUUAUUAUAUUAUACGAGAUGUGUCUAAAAAGUUCGUUGAAUGGUCUUAGAAACGAAACAAAACAGAAGA